CUUAUAGAAGUGCGUUCGCCUCUGGUUUGCCAGUUUGUGCUCGAUUUCCCCAGCGGAAAUCACAUUACUCGAAGCAUCCGAGUACAAACUAAAUACACCAUGAAGUAUUUUAUUCUGCUGUGCAUUUUGGUGGCAGCCGCGCGUGCAGAUGGCGAGAAUGAUCACAGUGCAAUUCGAUUUCGCAGACAAGCACACAGACAACCAUACCAUCCACCACCCCAGCCUUCGGCAAAUUAUCGCCCCUUGAAUCAAGCACCAGGUAAUAUUCAGCAGCUGCUUCAGUACCAGCAGUACAGGGAGCCCAUCGUUAACAUUCCACCCCAGCAGCCUCCGAACUUGGGUAAAGGACCGGGUCAGCCGCAAUUAACCAAUCAGGCUCAGGUCUCCCAGUACAAACCUAAUGUUCAAUAUGGACAAGCACCACAGCAGCCAACUUAUCAGAACCAAGCGGCUGCCAUUGCUGCUCAAUACCGACCGCAAGGACAGCAAUACAAUCCCCAACAGAAUCAGUAUGCUCCCCAGCAACAACCACAUUACCAGGGUUAAUUUAAAUCUUUUAAAAUCAUUCUUGUCUCUUCAAUAAUUCCCUUCAUUUUAAAAUCUUAUUUAAUUCUGCUCUG